UAUAACUUCCCGAUUCGUGUUUAUAUACCCAUCCCAUUAAAAUCAUUCCGAAUUCCUAGGGUUUUAGACUAAACCAAAUCCUCCGAUUAAGAAAUGGAGACCGCGACUGGACAGGCGAACGCUAAGAGAAAGCCGGUGUUUGUGAAAGUGGAGGAUUUGAAACCCGGUACGACCGGGCACACUCUGAUCGUCAAAGUGGUAGAGACGACUCCUGUCAACACUUCCUCCAGGCCCAACAGGUCACGUGCUCUCCUAUCUCGACCUGCCCCUCCGGCCCGAAUCGCUGAGUGCGUUGUCGGAGAUGAGACCGGCACCAUCAUCUUCACUGCUCGCAACGAACAAGUCGAUCUUAUGACAAAAGGCGCAACUGUGAUUUUACGGAAUGCUAAGAUUGUUAUGUUCAAGGGGACUACAAUGAGGCUAGCAGUCGACAAAUGGGGACGGAUCGAGGUAACCGAGCCUGCUAAAUUCGAGGUUAAAGAAGAUAACAAUCUUUCUUUAGUUGAAUAUGAGCUUGUUACUGUUCCUGAUCAGGGUAUGAAUUAGGGGCUGA